GGGUAAUAUGUAUAAAAAUAUUAUAAAUUGAUUUGUAUAUUAUAAUUAUUAUUACUAAACUGUGUCAUAACGCUUACGAAAACAAGAUAAAUCAACUAAUUAGGCUCUAAUGACAAGCUGAUGAAUAAAAUAGGUUGUCAGCUUACACGUACCCACAACAAUUUGUAUUUAUAUAAUUUUUUCACAAUCAUUACAGACAUAUGGCUACACAGGCACUGGAAGAAAAUACUUUCGUGCAUUAUCCUGUCAUAGAAAAAUUUUCAACUUGGCUUUUGCCAUGGCAAAUAAUUUCACAAUUUCAUUUCAAGCGCCGAAUUGAACGGUCGACCUGGAAAAAGCACCAAACAUAGGAGCGCAACACCGAGCAGCAGUUCCCUUCAACCACCGGACGCCACUCUCUGGCGGACGUGUUACAGACAUUCUCAAAUAGAAAUAUUAUAUAUAUAUAAAACCAAGUGGGUCGUGUCAUUACAAAUUUACCGUUUGAAAAGUCGAUGUCACAGUGAAAACGCAAAAUCGAAAAGAAUAUUUAACUUCCAAAACAGAAAUCCAAGUGCAUGCAGACUGUGAAGGACAGUGAAUAUUUAAAAACUUUUUGGUGUUUUUAAGUUUUGUGGAAACUUUUGUUCAACUUGUAUUUCGGUUGUCAGUGGAAAGUUUCAACUCUUGACUCGAGUGUGACAUUUUUUUUGGAUACAACUCGCAUACUUAUUUACCUUUUCUGUGCAAUUUACUAAAUUAUUUCGUAACAGCUAAACCAAAUGUAUUAAAAAUCAUAAAAAGUUAUUGCAUAAAUUUAUUUUAAAUGUUGAAACGCAAACGUUAUAAAAAGCAUCACAACCACUAAAUGUGAAAACGAAAAACGAAAUUUGCGCAGUGAAAUUAAAAAGGUUGAAAAAAAUAAACAAAAGUUGUAUGCUCAAACAACGUAACGGUGAAACUUUUGCCAUGCACCUCAUACCAAAUAUGUGCGAUAAAAUGUUUAUACUGAUUUUAUUUUAUUAUAACGGUUCAUAUAAUUGGAGUAAAAAGGUUUAAACAAAUAAAAAACAUAUAGCACUUUAAACUAAGAACGCAGUAAAGCCGCAGAGGAAGGACACCAGUGUAGCAGUGCGCGGCAGUGACGUUGGACGGACAAUUUGUCGACGUGUAAAAAGUAACGAAAAUUUGCAAUUUAAUUUAAUGAAAUAAAAUAUUUUUCAACCUUAAACUCUUUGAGUUUUGCAAAAAAAAAAAAAUAAUAUUAAUAAGAAAACCAAUUACCAACAACAACAAUAAUUUCAAAUAUUCAUGUAUUAACUAGAUAAAAAUCAACAACGAAUUUCGAGAUACUUGGUAACAAACAUAAACAAAAAGUUAGUAUUUCACAACUAUCAAAAAUUCGCCAAACAGCGCGAAAGUACAUACAAUCUCGAAAAAGAAACUACUUGUCAACACAAACAUUCCUAACGAAUUCUAAAGAUAAAAACAGAAAGUAAAUAGUGAAAACAGGUAAUAAACCGUAAAAGCGCUAUUGAAAAAGUGAACAAUAGCCAAAAAUAAAAAUAAAAAUAAUAACAGUAAAAAAAAACUAAAAUUCACUUACGUACGUUCAGUGAAGUAAGCAAACAAAAAAAUUCCAUAACAAUAAAACAAGCAGUAAACGAAACGAUUUUUUUUUCGUACAACACUAAGUCAGCUGCCGGAAAGCGAGAGCCAUUUGGAGUGCAAACUAAGCAAUUGUCGGAUAUUGCGACUCCAAGCCACGCUGCGCCUAUCAGCAGACAAGCCGCCAGUCAGCUGUUUACGACGCAAUAAAGGUUUACAAAUACACACACAAACACAGCUAUAUGUGUGUGACAUUUGUAUGUAUGAAUGUGUAUACAUUUUAAACGGCGAAAUACUUAUUGUGAUUAAAUUACCUGUGCGGCAGGCACUUCACUCUGCACCAAUUUCACUCCUUACCCCGCUGUCAACACUGACAGCUGUAUAACUGUCGUAAAUCGACAUUACAAACUAGCGUAGUGGUACAAUAAAACCAUAAAUUGGGCUGUAGAGACGUCAACGGAGCAGACCUUCAAAGCCAAAACACAAACAACAGCGUAUACAACAACUAAUACAACAAAUAUUGAAAAGCAAACUUUUGUUAUCGUGCCACACAACUCACGCACACAAGCAUACUUAUAUACAUAUGUAUGUGUGUCUGCGGCAGCGACAAAGCAAAAAAUAACAAUAAACAUAAAAACAACAAAAAGCAAAAAAUAAUAUAAAAUAAAAAUAUUUUACUAAUAAUCAUAGCAGCACACAAACAAAGCGUGACAUUAGUUGUACAUUAGCGCAAACAUACAUACAGACAGACCUAGUCUGAUAGCUGGCAUUCGCUACUCGCCGUCGAUCUUCGGCUCUAUAUAUAUGCGCUGGCACAGUUCGUAGGCACAGAUCGUACGUGUUCUGAUCGUCAUUUAAUGUGAAUAGCAAAUUGCCAACAAUUCAGUCGUCUUUUGACUUUUGUGCGGAUAACUACCAAACGAAAAAGGAUCACAGUGCAUUGAGAGCUACAAACAAAAGGAGUACAGCGCCCAGAAGAGAUAUACACAACAGCAACAGCGACAACGACAAGCGAUAAACCGUUCCAAAUCCCAGAGCAAUUUGGAUCAUUACAAUUUUCUGUGCUGAACGGUGCAAAGGAAACCGUUUUCCGAUGUCGAUUAAUUCGCCAAUACACACAAACUCUGACCUGAUUUAAACAGGCAAAAAGCAGGCAACUAAUUCAAAUAGCAGUGCGUGUUAGAAACAACAACAACAACAACAGCAAUUAGAACAACGUCACAAAUAAAGGGUGUUGUUUUUUCGUUUCCGUUUCGUUUUCGAAAAUAUUAUCUAUCAGUUUCGUUUUACGUUUUUUGAUUUUUAAAUACGUUUCGCUCAUUUUAUACUUCGUAUAAGCGUUGAGCCAUAAUUGGAGAAAAAAAAAGUGUAACACAAAACCUAUACUCAAGAGCGGCACCAAAGAAAAUUUUGGUAAGAAUCACGUGCAAUUAAAUAUUUACUAAAAUAAAAGCACACCAGAACAAAAACAAGUUUGAUAUAGUAAACAAACAAGUGACUCAGUGAAGAAACCAAAUAGUUGGCGAAAAAACUUAAGCAAAGCCAGAGACUUCCAGGCAAAUAAAUCUUGUAGACUACUACAGCGUACUCUCGCGCUCUUAUACUAUAUAUAGACAGCCAACUGCUUGAAGCGUCGAUCAAUCGCAAGCGAGCAGUUACAAUCGAUCGUGUGUUGCGAAACGUGCGUUUAGCGCGUUGCAAAGUACAAAAAAAAAAGAACUUUUACGUUUAAUUUAAUCACGUUUUCUGUGCAUUCUAAAAAAUAAACAAUAUAGAAUUGUUGCGUAUUAACGGUGAACUCAAACAACAAUCUGAAGAAACAAAGAAUUUAAUUUAUCCGGGCUUUGGCCGUUGUAUGGAGCUUUCUAAACAACCAUCGUAUUUUGGAGACGAGCCGGACCUCCUGUUCAAAAGCGCGCAGGGCCGGAAUAGUCUAUUUUCUAAGUGUAACGGUGCUGCAGCCGCCUCCGCCGCCGCUCCAGCAACCGCUGCCGCUACAGCUACCGCUAUUCCAUUAACAAAUAACGCAACAGCCAAAAUUAAUCUAGAAACCUCAUUAAAUGAUUGCGAAAGUGGCUACGUGCCAACGGUUGGCCGUUGGGGCGCCGAAUGGCCAAGUUGACUCGCCGAAGCCAGCCUGGUGCGAUGUGGCGCCGCCGCCGCAAGCACAACAGCUGUUGAAGCAGCUGUUGUUGUGGGCGCCGGCGCCGAUGCCGGUCCAUCGGCGGGUUCGGUACGAGUUGGAUUGACUACGAACACCGUUCCUGUUCAAGAUAGACCACAAAAUAACAACGGCCAACGAAUUGUUGUCGCCCAACAGCAGCAAUGCAACGUGGACAACGACAACAAGACGUGGUCGCUGGACAACCACCAUGAUGUUGAUGAAAGCCAUGUGGAUGAUGACAACGACACUGGUGGACGACGCGUUACAAAUGGUUACGAUGCAGUUGGUGUGGCAGCAGCAGCAGCAGCAGCCGCAACAACAACAGUUGACAGCAAAAUCAAAAAUGUUGAGAACAACAUGGAAGCUGUUGUGGCCGGUGCCAUUGUAUUUGACACCGAUACGAUUGGAAACUUUGAUAAAGUGGAUAAUGUGACAUCGAGUGCAUCAAUGGAACGCUGCUCGACCAUACGUAAACUACUUGAGGAGCAGCACCGCAAAUGGUGGCGCCACCAAAUGCACGGCCAACAAGAGUGGUGGGCCGAUGAGGAUAGCUACAAUUUAACUGCAUUUAAUCAAAUCAAUGGAAUCUGGCCACUGGGACAUCCGCUGCCGUUGCCCGAUUGGGCAGCCAGCUGUGAUGAUGAAUACACCAAAGGCGUAUUGCAUUUUGAUUCGGUUUGGGAAUAUGAAGAUCUAAAUGCGACUAUUGAGACGAAAUUACAUCGUAUGCUCGAGGAGACACAUUACGACACGGUUAACUUAUUUGUGGACUUUUAUCGAGCCUUCAAGCGUACACGUCGCUCGGAUCUUAAGUCGUUCUUCCAAUUCUACGACUUGCCCAUAAACAGGCGCCAUCACAUGUGUGUCUCAUUGGCAAUGGAAAUAAUGACACGCAUCAUUGAGAUCUUUCCAGUGCUACAACAUUAUUUGUAUUUAGUUUCGUGCGAGGAACAGGUCAUGUCGCAAAGUGACUACAUUGAAAGUACCGAUGAAGUGGGUGGUUUGAACUCGCCGCAUGCCAACGUAGAAAAAGAACACGCUAUGGUUGCUAUGAAGAUUUCAAUAGCCGGACGUGAAGGUGUUAUGAUAUUGGAUCCGGGUUAUCAUAUUGGACGUGCUGUUACCGUAAUGUCCGACCAAAUGUACCCACAUACAGGUUGGUUCACACAGUCGAAAGAACCACGUCUGCAACGUGACUACUGCUACAAUUAUUGUCUGCAAAACAAGAAGUUCGUUGAAUGGAUGGAACGUGAAACACGUGGCGAUGAGCAAUCAUUCAAAUCAUCACUCAUCUACGUUGAACAGCCCUAUGUGACGGCGAUCGAUGUGACAGUACGUCGUAAUCUGGUGUAUAAUUUCCGCUCGUUAUUAUCGCGUGACGCCAAAGGACGUGUGUUCGCGGGUAUUUAUCUACCGGUCGUGCCAAACAGCAACGAGUCACAUUUCACACUAUUCUAUGAUGGACCAAAUGAUCAGCGCAUAAAAGUGAAAUUCAUGUUCAAUGUUUUCAAGAAUCCAGGAAAGAUUCCCGAUAAUGUGCAGCAGCAUUUCAGCAAACUGGCACCGCAGUUAAAUAUGAAAGAGAAGGAGCUCACCGAACUCUGUAAAUCCUUAGCCGAUGUCAUAAACGAUCAAGAUUUCAUACAACAGUUGUUGAGCAUUAAUGAGGAUAUUGGCGUUAUGUCAGCUGAAAAUUGACAAUUAAAGGAUAAAAAAGUCGAUGCUAACCUAAAAGGUGUGGAUGAAAACAAAUCACCGAACAUAAUUGGCACGACUGCAAUAACAACGUCAACAGCAGGAGCUCGUUCGAGUGUCAGCUUGGCAUAAACUUAAAUAUUUUCUCUGCAACUUAAUUAUUUCUCAUUUCACACUUAUAAAAAGUUAAAGUAGAACAAAAAAAAUCCAAAAAAAAAACAAUUAUAUAAGCAAAAAUUCUUCAUAAUGCACUUAGAUGAAACAACAAAAUUAAAGCAUGAAAAAUUAAGUAUAUAAAAAUAUACGGGGUUAAUAGUUUACUGGUAGUUUGACGACAUUUAUUCUUAACUUAAAAAAAAAUUAUUCCACACAUAUAAACAAGUUAACUCUAAUGAAAAUAUUAUGUACUAUAUAUAUACUAUAUGCAAAGUACUUGGAAAACAAAUGUCAAUCUUUAGAGAUUAUUUAACACUAUAUACACGAGCAUUAGAAUGUUACAAUUUGUAUUCACACAGCAAAAAUAUUUUUGCCAAUCUAAUUUAUUAGUUAAUUUUCAUUUGUCUAUUGCUUCACUAACGCUGGAUAUCAUGUCUUGCUACGCUAGUUUUAACUACUUAAAUAUAUAAAGAAAUUGUAGCAAUUGUAAAAUGCGUGUUGCGCACAGUCUAGCCAGUUAUUACUAUUAAAUAUAUGCAAAAUUUUCAAAUAAACAAAUACCAAUUGCAACAGUAUCACAAGUAACUACAAAUAUGUACUGAGCAAAGGUUACGUGAUACUUUUAAACGCAAGCUUGUAGUCGCAUAACAUACACUUAAACACAAGGACAUGAUAUUCCGGAAUAGUUAAUGAAUUUUCGUAACUCACCACUAGACUCUACCUAUUCAUACACCCGCUAUAAUAUUAUAUUAUUAUUCUAAUGAUCAUUCUUUAAUUUAGUGUUUUCAAUUAAAGGCAAAUAUAAGAAGUGAAGAGGUGCAAUAAUGUGGAAUAUUAUUGUUUAAAAAAUAUACAAGUCCAUAUAUUUAAAACACUUAUGUAACGUAGCUUAUAUAUAUAUAUAUACCAUUAUAUAUUCUAUGCACGAAAUAAACUUUACUUUGACAAAAAUAAAAAA